AUGAUCCGAUCCAACCCCACCGCCAUCCCCCUCAGAGCAUCCGACCUCAAAAUCCUCCAAGUCGAAAUCGACAAACGUAAAGCCGAGCGCGAGGAACAAGAGGCUGCUGCCAACCCCCACAGAACGCGCGAAGGAGAACGGGGGGAGGGGGAGAGGAGGGAGAGUGGGAAGAGUAGGGAGCAGGAGCGGAGGGAGAGGCAUGAGAGGAUUGGGCUGUGA